AUGCCGUGCAAGAGAAAGUUCUUCACGAGCUGCGCGGGCUCCUUUGUCGUCGUGUACGGCGUGCUGAACCUGUACCUGGGGGGGACGUCUUUCCAGGAGGAGGAAGCCUUACCGAGUGCAGGCAGUAGCGGGCUGAUGCCCCCCGGCAAUGGUACGUUCAGGACCUUGGAUGUGAAGCGCAUUGCGUGGCUGCACCCGCCGAAGGUGGGUAGCUCUUUCGUGAACACCCUGUUCGGGUACGCGUGCCCUGGGAUGAAGAAUGACGAGUACAUCACCAGGAAAAUGUAUGACGUCAUAGUGCUUUUCAAGAUUAAGAAGAUCCCAGACGAGUGGCAGUGCCCGCUCUUGGAAGACGGUUCCUCGGCUUUGGACCUCCACUGUUCCCACAAGGCUAUAACUUGGCAGAAUGGGUCUCCCUGCAACUACUGGAAGUGGUCGAAGGACAACUUCAUCCAGACCGGAUUAUGA